CCCUCGAGGCAUACAGAAGCAGACAUGUCUCACGGAUGGGGAUAUGGACCGACCAAUGGACCCGACAAAUGGGCUGAGAAUUUUCCAACUGCAAAUGGGCCCAGACAGUCUCCGAUCAACAUUGUCACGAAGGAGGCCCAGUAUGACCCGUCUCUGAAGCCCCUGAAGAUCAGGUAUGACCCCUCCAAUGCCAAGGGUAUCCUCAACAAUGGACAUUCCUUCCAGGUGGACUUUGUGGAUGACACAGACAGCUCCAUUCUCACCGGGGGUCCCCUGUCUGGAACGUACCGUUUCAGGCAGUUUCAUUUUCACUGGGGAAGCAGUGAUGAUAAAGGCUCUGAACACUACGUCAACGGCAUGAAGUUCCCAUGUGAGCUUCACCUAGUGCACUGGAAUAACAAAUAUCCCAGCUUUGCAGAGGCUGCUGAUAAGCCUGACGGACUUGCUGUGAUUGGAGUCUUCCUCAAG